AUGAUUUUAAUAUUCCAUUUUCAGACUUUAAAAAGGAAUUUUGAACAAACGUGGAUCCCAGAAAACAAAAACUUCCGAGAAAUGAGCGAAAAAUCGGUAAAAAAUACAAAAAACCGGUAA